UGACCUGAGGAGCCACAUUAUCUGUUAAACCAGCGCCUGGGAAGCAUCACUUAAAGCUCUCCCCUGAGCUCCGUGCGGCCUUGCUGCGGGGGGUUAUGAUCUUUUAUUCCCAGGUAAAGUAUGGACUCUAACAAGGUGACUCCUCCCGGUGCAAACGCUCGAUAAUGACAAUAGAAAGACCGAGUGAAGCAGAGAUGUGACAACACUUGUCAGGAGGCUUCAGAGCAUUGACAGCUCCCGGUUUGCCCGUGCAGGGGCACCAACACGGACGAGGAAACCCCGAGGAUCACGGCCUCCUGUCCGGAUGACACCGGCAGGAGCCAGCCACACUGCUCUUUUUAGCUAGCAUUAGCUAAGCUAACAAAUGUCUUCCCAGAAUUCGAAACAAUUGUAAAUGGAUAACUCAAUUCAGACAACUUUAUUUAAGGCGUGUGGGACUGGGAGCCGCUAAGGAGUUUGCAGUCGCCGGAUGGACGGACAACAUCCUCUGUAGGAUUGUGAAAACUGCUAAAGGUUCUCCAGGCAUGAUGGAAGGACUUCAUAGCCAGGCUCUGAGCCUGGACCCACGCAGGCAGGAGCUGCUCGAGGCUCGGUUCACUGGAGUUGGUGUGGCCAAGAGUUCAGCCAACAGCGAAUCAUCCAACCAGUCUCUGUGCAGCGCUGGAUCACUCAGUGACAAGGAGCUAGAGACACCAGAAAAGAAGGCCAGCGAGAGAAGCAGGAAGCGAAAAGGAGACAUCUAUGACAGCAACAGUCAAGGAAAGGGAAGAGGGCACAAAAUAAGCGAUUAUUUUGAGUUUGCUAGUAGCAGUGGCUCUGGCACCAGUCCUGCCCGGGGCAUCCCUCUGCUGGUGCGCUCCUUUCCACAGCACUCACUGUCUAAUCCUCCGUUUCAGCACGGCAGUCCUUCGUCCACAGGCUCAGCCCACACAGACUCUUCAUCCUGCAGCUCCGUGAAGACAAACCCCGCACACUCCUGCUCACACAAAGCCAUCCAGUCAGAACUGACGCUGCUGAAACUGACAGCGCUGGAGAAGGACAAGAACUCCGACCUGGAAAAGAAAGAAGGGAGGAUAGAUGACCUGCUGAGGGCUAACUGUGACUUGAGGCGGCAGGUGGAUGAACAGCAGAAGAUUCUGGAGCGCUACAAGGAGCGGCUUAACAAGUGUGUGACCAUGAGCAAGAAGCUGCUUAUUGAGAAGUCAAAGCAGGAGAAGAUGGCUUGCAGGGACAAGAGCAUGCAGGACCGUCUACGUUUGGGCCACUUCACCACCGUCCGUCACGGCGCCUCCUUCACCGAGCAGUGGACAGAUGGAUUCGCCUUCCAGAACCUCAUCAAGCAGCAAGAGCGAAUCAACUCUCAGCGGGAGGACAUUGAAAGGCAGAGGAAGCUGCUGGGAAAGAGGAAACCUCCCCCCAUAACCCAGACGCCCCCACCCAACCUGGAACAGAACAAACGAAAGAGCAGAAGCAACGGGCAGGAGAGCGAAACGUUGUCGCUGGCAGAGUAUCACGAGCAGGAGGAGAUUUUCAAACUUCGAAUCGGUCAUCUAAAAAAGGAAGAAGCCGAGAUCCAGUCAGAGCUGGAACAUUUGGAGCGGGUAAGAAACUUGCACAUUCGGGAGCUGAAGAGAAUCCACAACGAGGACAACUCGCAAUUUAAAGACCACCCCACGCUGAACGAUCGAUACCUGCUGUUACAUUUACUCGGAAGAGGAGGCUUUAGUGAAGUUUUUAAGGCUUUUGAUUUGACAGAGCAGAGGUAUGUGGCCAUUAAAAUACAUCAACUCAACAAGAACUGGAGGGAGGAGAAGAAGGAGAACUACCACAAACACGCCUGUAGAGAGUACAGAAUUCACAAAGAACUUGACCACCCCAGAAUAGUGAAACUCUACGACUAUUUCUCGCUCGACACAGACUCGUUCUGCACAGUCCUGGAGUACUGUGAAGGCAAUGAUCUGGAUUUCUACUUGAAGCAGAAUAAGCUGAUGACGGAGAAGGAGGGCCGCUCUAUUGUCAUGCAGCUUGUCAACGCCCUCAAGUACCUCAAUCAGAUUCGUCCACCCAUCAUCCACUACGACCUCAAGCCUGGAAACAUCUUGUUGGUUAACGGCACAGCUUGCGGAGAGAUUAAGAUCACUGACUUUGGCUUGUCCAAGAUCAUGGAUGAUGACAGCUACAACUCUGCAGAUGGCAUGGAGCUGACCUCACAAGGAGCAGGGACCUACUGGUAUCUGCCCCCUGAGUGCUUUGUCGUGGGCAAGGAGCCCCCCAAAAUAUCUAACAAGGUGGAUGUUUGGUCAGUAGGGGUCAUCUUCUAUCAGAGCUUAUAUGGACGCAAGCCGUUUGGUCACAACCAGUCGCAGCAGGACAUUCUACAAGAAAACACCAUCCUAAAAGCUACUGAGGUGCAGUUCCCCCCCAAGCCUGUGGUCACUACAGAAGCAAAGGCCUUCAUUCGACGUUGUCUGGCUUACCACAAAGAGGACCGGGUUGAUGUGCUGCAGUUGGCCAGUGACCCCUUCCUAAUGCCACAUAUUCGAAAAGCCCUGGGAAGCAGCACACCUCUGGCACCUCCAAUCCCCUCCACCUCCAGCUGCUACGGCAGCAGUGCCUCCAACUGAAGCAAGCUGAAAGAAACUGGAAUAAAACCCCAGGGAGGACAAAGCCACAUGGAGACAUUACACGCUUGAUGAAACUCCUCCUUUGCUCUCUUGAUGGCAAGGGAGCAGAGAGCAUGAUGGGAAGGAGGGAUCCUAAAAGUGUGAAAGGAACCAAAAUGGGGGAUGAUGUGGUGAUGUAGUAGUAAAUGUUCCCACCACUGUUUGUCCAAGUGGUAAAAAUGAAGGGCCAGCCUCUGGCUGUGGGCUCAGUAGAACCCAAAGAUUUGCCCAUAUGCAUGCACUAACAAAAACUUUGGCUCAUUUCAAGGGGCUUUUUUACAUGAUAGAUAUUAAAAGCACCUGAAAAAUUGCACAACUGACAGGCUCAGAAGUACGCCAUGUGUGGAAGAUCACUUGCCUAUACUCUGGAAGUUUUAGAGGAGGAAGCAUUAAUGAAAUUUCAUCCCAUACUGCUUGAAAUACAUCAUCUAUCAAAUUAUUUUUCAGAACUAGAGUGGUCAGUUUCAAAUAUGUAUCCCUAAAGGAAUGAACCUGGAACUUUUUUAGGAAGGGCUCCUUGGAGUGAUGAGGAGUGACUGAUGACCAAAGUUCGAGGCCUGCUUUGUUGACACGACACCGUAAGAGGUUCAGAAGUGACUUGACAGAGAAGAGGGCUGAUUCUGGAAAGACUGGCUGGUUUUGACCUAUUUUAAAUAUUUUACUUGAUAACUGGAAGUCAGCUUAUUAUUUUAAUUGUUAAGUCCAUAUUUUUCCAUGAGAUUUACCCCCUCUAAUGUUGUUGUUAACCUUAAAGGGGGGGGCUGACUCGGAGUGAGUGUUGUGAUGCGAGGUAAGAUUCAACAGAAAUAAUUCAUGAAAACAUUAAAAAAAAAAAACAUUUGGUUAA